CCGCUCCCGCGCUUCUGCUGGAUACCACGCUGCGCUGUCCGCAGAUGUGCUGCAGCAAGAUUGAAGAUCACAGCCUGCACCAAUGGCAAUGUCGUGUACGCUGAAGUACAUGCAGUUGCUAAGCUGUAAGUGUAAUUGAACGGAAGCGAGACGUCUCGAACCCUAGGGUGCCCCUCCCGCUGGACGCAUAACUUCGUUUGGAGAAAACAGCUCGCGACACGAAAAUCACAUACUCAAUGGGCCCGGGCUCAGAUUCUGCCCAAGAUAAAAGCAGAUGUACAUCGAGAAAACUUUGCCAGAACGCAAUAAGUGAGUGGCAUCGCGGAGUCCUAUGUUAUGCAUGGCAGAUGUCGUGGUAUCAUUGAGGUCUGGGACUACAGCAGUCAGUUUUGAAUAAGAACAGUGCAGAAACUACUCGUCACGCCAGUUCGGAGCAGCAGAACCAUCAGUUCCCUGGAAGAGAUCUACUACGGCCAUCAAGCACACCAACGUCUGAUCCUGAGAAUGGAUAACAUUUCGAAAGGGUCCAUACCGGUGGCUGCAGCGGAGGCCCGAACGUCUCAUUGGUACAAAUGGACGUCCGUAACUUGUUUCGCGGUGCUUAUGCUGCUCACGUUUGCUAUCAUGCACGACCAUCACGAAAAGAUAGAGAUGUUACAGACUCUGUGCGAAGGCAAGGAUUCGGAACUGCAACAGUUGCAAACAAAACUGGAGGACGAGACUAGUACGUGGAUUGUCAGUCAACGAGACUUGAUGCGACGGCUAACAGAGCUGGAGAGGCAGAUGCUGGCACUCGGCCACGGCUCUCGAAGUCACCAGACUCCACAACAUCAUUCCGCCGUGGAAGUGGAGGAUGAUCGUGUAAAACGGGAUGUGAUUCCAGCUGAAUCUGAGCUAGAAAAUGAACAAUAUCAUCGAUCGGCCCGUCAGCGAAGGCAGAGCAAUGAGAUCAAGGGCGAUAAGGGUGACAAAGGUGACAAAGGUGAACUCGGACGUCGUGGAAAGAAAGGUACAGCUGGCCCCAAAGGCAACACUGGAUGGAAGGGACCGCAAGGCGACCAAGGAUUGUCCGGCAUAAAGGGAGAUAAGGGUAUGACUGGAUGGGCCAUGCCAGGUGAAAAGGGGUGCAAGGGACCACCUGGACCUCCCGGCCCAUCAGCACCAUUUGCCGAUUACUGGGGCGUGUCGACUAAUGUUGACGCAGGCGUGGUAACGCUGAACAGCACUAAAAGUCAGUUUGAUAGAUUCACGAGCAACUACAGCAGGUUUGCUGGUGAUCCAGACGGCAUUGGUGUGGCUGCAUUACACAUCAAAGCUCCAGGUUUCUAUCAAGUACAGGUCAAGGCCACCAUGGUUUACAGGCACAAGGAUUGUGACUCCGGCACGCUACAGUUCGUCAUGUCGUCGGAAACCCUCGUGAACAUCUCCAUCCAGGAGGUCCGCGGCAGCGCAUGCGACCAUCAAGCGUCGCAGUGUUGCGACUCUCCAGGCAGCACUCUGGUAGUUAGUAGUGAUCCUAUUCGACUGCCGGCGCCACGCACGUCCCAAUGUCAAGAACUUCGACAUCAAGUGCGCUUAGAUAGCUUUCACGAGCUGGGCAAGGACUCUGAGCUGAUCAUGUGCUCCCAUACGGUUGGUGACACCGGGAGCAACUUUGUUUCCUUGUUAACGCGCAGGAGAGGCAUGCAGGUUCUUUCAUUCCAGUGCCUUCAAACCCACUACGUGAGAAACUAAUUCCCUGGGAAUCUGAGAGUCUAAGCGACAUAAUUUCUUAGGAAUCCCAAUUUCACAUGGCAGUGGCUAAGUGACAAAUUAUGUGUAGAAGGCAAGGAUUGGGAACUGCAACAGUUGUAAAAAUACCAAUAUCAAAGCUAAUUUUUCAAGACCAUGAUCGAAUAGAUAAUUUUCCUCUUGCCUGCAAGCAAAUGUUUUCUUGCGAAGAAAUUUUCCUGUGCUAAUAAUUUGAGAACACUAAAUUACUGAAAUUCUACUUACUGAAAGCCUGCUAUAUUUAUAUAUCUUCUUUUUCUUUUGAAUAUAGAAUUCUAAUUGAUCUCUGAGCAAGUUUGACCUCUUACUUGAGCAAUGUAUAUAAUUCUCUAUUCAUUUCCGGUCACAUGUAUUCCAUUCAUGCUAGUAGGUAGGCACUCCUUUUGGCUGUGCAUUAUGACUGUUCAUUAUAUUUUCACAGCUAUGAGAUAUGAAGUAUAUAGUUUAGAUGCCUUCUCAAUAUGAGCAGACUUCACUGUAUAGCAAUCCUUUACCUCUAUAUCCUCACAGCAAUCUUCUUUCUAAUGGUAUCCGCGCUACACCAAUCAA